UCUCUCUCUCUACAGUCGCAGACUUGGCUGCCUCGAUGCGGGACGACCUCCUCAACGCGGCCUACAACGGCGACCUCCGCCGCCUCAAGCGGCUGGUGCGGGUGAUAGACGACGGCGUUGGCCGCCCCAGGGAUGUGGUGGAGGCGGCGACGUCGGACGCCGGCUUGGGGGCGCUGCUGGUCGCCGUGCGCAACGGGCAUCUGGAGCUGUGCAGGUAUCUGGUACAGGGGCUGCGCGUGGAUGUCGACGCUGCCGAUAACAAGGGUAGAACAACCCUGUUUUAUGCGGCGCACAGUGAACAUGCUGCUGUUGUCAAGUAUCUUCUUGAUCAUGGUGCUGAUCCAGACAAAGCUGAUGAGGGCGGGAUAUCCCCUCUACAUUGUGCUGCUGGAACAGGAAAUUGUAAAAUAAUAGAACUGUUGCUUGCAAAGGGAGCUCAUGUUGACCCGAUAGCUGAUGACAUUGGGACACCACUGCUUCUUGCUACUAAGUUACGACUAGUCGGUGCUAUGAAGACUUUGUUAGACCAUAAUGCUGAUCCCAACAAACCAUAUUUUCUGGAUGGGUAUGGACUGUAUCCUAUCACACCCCUCUUUCAGGCUGUAAAUGUUUCAGUGGAAUGCGUGAAGCUCCUGGUUGAGGCUGGUGCCGUCAUCACCUCAGAUUGUCUCACAGCUGUUUCACUUGAGUCUACAAUGGUAGAAGGCAGAUCAACUGAGUGCUUAAAUUUCUUACUGGAGGCUUUUGCAAAGUGUGAUUCUUCUAAUGAUGAUAAACAUGACAAUGCAUGGAAAAUAUCACAGUUGAAGUCAUUUGGGAGUAUAGCAGUCGAGAGAAAAAAUUACUUUUCUGCAUCAGCGUUCUACACUAAGGCAAUUGAUCUUGACCCAAGUGAUGCGACCUUGUUCUCAAACAGGAGCCUUUGCUUGCUCCGCCAGGGCAAUGGACAUACGGCUUUGCUAGAUGCUAUUGAAAGCAGAGAGCUGCGGCCCGACUGGCCAAAGGCCUGCUAUCGGCACGGGGCCGCUCUGAUGUCACUAGAGGACUACGGGGGCGCGUGUGAGGCACUUCUUGAUGGCCUCAAGUUGGACCCAAAGAAUGCCGAGAUGGAGAGGGCAUUACGGGAAGCUAUGGAAUCUCUGAAGACAGCUAAAGGCACCAGGGCAAGAUGAGCUUGCUCGUGCUGACGAUAGAUGGAUAGAUGAAGACGCCUCUUGUGAAACCGUCCUCUUUUCAAGUCAAGUAAUGGCCGCUGAAAUAUUGUGAAUGAUUUGUGUUUUUUAAAUGUGAUGAAGUGUUUGCAUCCA